UCGCUUCUCGGCCAGAGUGUGUUGGUUGUUGUGACUGCCUGUCAUCCGGAGAAAGUUCUUUUUUCACCCCAAAAUACUCUUCUUUUCGUCUCCGAUAUUCACCAGGCAUGGCCGACUCUCAGAACGACCUGCUGUACCGGGCAGAAUACGCCAAAAGCGGCCGAGCUUCGUGCAAGAAAUGCAAAGAGAACAUCGCCAAAGACUCGCUGAGGAUGGCCAUCAUGGUGCAGUCCCCCAUGUUUGAUGGUAAGGUGCCACACUGGCAUCACUUCUCCUGCUUCUGGCUGCGUGCCGCGGCCCAGUCUACCGCCGACAUCGCCGGCUACUCAGACCUGCGUUGGGAUGACCAGGAAAAGGUUAAAAAGGCAAUUGAAAGUGGGGGAGCGGUUGCAGGGAAAGGUGACCAAAAAGGUGGCGCUAAAGGAGAGAAGUCACUUACUGACUUUGCAGUGGAGUAUGCCAAGUCAAACCGCAGCACAUGCAAAGGCUGCGAGCAAAAAAUAGAAAAGGAUCAGAUUCGUGUCUCCAAGAAAACAGUGGACCCAGAGAAGCCCCAGCUGGGUCUGAUCGAUCGCUGGUACCACACGGCAUGUUUCGUGAGCCGCAGGGAGGAGCUGGCCUUCAAGCCUGAGUAUAACGGCGCUCAACUCAAGGGUUUCAACUCUCUGCGCGCGGAGGACAAGGAAGAGCUGAAGAAGAGACUACCUGCUGUGAAGUCUGAGGGAAAACGGAAAUCUGAUGAGAUGGAUAGUGUUGCAAAGAAAAUGAAAAAGGAGGAGGAAGAUGAAAAGAAGAAGUUGGAAGAUGAGCUUAAAACCCAGAGCCAGCUGAUUUGGGGUAUCAAAGAUAAAGUGAGGAAGUUUUGCUCUACCAAUGACAUGAAGGAGCUGCUGAUCGCAAACAAACAGGAAGUCCCGUCUGGAGAGUCAAAUGUGGUGGACUGUUUGGCGGACGGAAUGGCGUUUGGUGCUCUGGAACCGUGUAAGGAGUGCACUGGCCAGCUGGUGUUCAAAGGCGAUGCUUACUACUGCACCGGCGACAUCUCAGCCUGGACCAAAUGUGUGUACAAAACCAAAAAUCCCUCGCGUAAAGACUGGGUCAUACCCAAGGAAUUCCAUGAAGUUCCCUUUUUGAAAAAAUUCAAGUUCAAGCGCCAGGAUCGGGUGUACCCCGUGUCAGCACCCACUCCAACUGUGACAGCACCCAAAACAGAACCAGCGCCAAGUGCGUCCACUGCUCAUACAGAGCCAAUGCCAGAGAGCGCCCCCUCAGACAAACCUCUGACUGGUAUGAAGCUGCUGGCGGUGGGUAAACUCUCCAAAAACAAGGACGACAUCAAGGCAGCGGUGGAGGAGCUCGGUGGGAAGAUCACUGGCACCGUCAACAAGGCUUCUCUCAUCCUCAGUAGCAAGAAGGAAGUGGAGAAGAUGGGUAAGAAGAUGGAGGAGGUUCGGGAUGCGGGUGUGCGUGUGGUGGCUGAGGAUUUCCUCACCGACAUCAAGUCCUCAGGCAAAGCUCUGCAGGAGCUUGUUGCCUUGCACGCCAUCUCACCCUGGGGGGCUGAGGUGAAAGUUGAGGCUACUGCUCAACCUGUGGCCUCCAAGUCAGGAGCAAUGGCUGCCAAGAGCACCGGCAGAGUGAAGGAGGAGGAAGGUGGAAGUAAAGCCAAAAAGAUGAAGCUCACAGUCAAAGGAGGAGCUGCCGUGGAUCCAGAUUCAGGCUUGGAGAACAGCGCUCACGUGCUGGAGCAAAGCGGGAAAAUGUACAGUGCUACAUUAGGUCUCGUGGACAUCGUCAGAGGAACCAACUCCUACUACAAGCUGCAGCUUUUGGAAGACGAUGUUCAGAAGAGGUACUGGGUGUUCAGAUCAUGGGGCAGAGUGGGUACGACAAUCGGAGGAAACAAACUCGACAAGUUCCACGAUAAAAACUCGGCCAUGGACAACUUCCUCACUGUUUACAAGGAGAAGACAGGCAACAGCUGGGGCUGCACCAACUUCACCAAAUACCCCAAUAAGUUCUACCCGCUGGAGAUAGACUACGGGCAGGAGGAGGAGGCGGUGAAGAAGCUGACAGCUCCUGCAGGCACAAAGUCCAAGCUGGACAAACCAGUCCAGGAGCUGAUCAAAAUGAUUUUUGAUGUGGAGAGCAUGAAGAAGGCCAUGGUGGAGUUUGAGAUUGACCUUCAGAAGAUGCCACUUGGAAAACUGAGCAAGCGUCAAAUCCAAAGUGCUUAUGCUCUUCUCACUGAGGUGCAACAGGCUGUGUCCGAUUGUCUGUCUGAGGCACAGAUACUGGACCUCUCCAACCGCUUCUACACCUUGAUACCUCAUGACUUCGGCAUGAAGAAACCGCCGCUGCUCGACAGCGUGGACUACAUUCAAGCUAAAGUUCAGAUGUUGGAUAACCUGUUGGAUAUCGAAGUGGCCUACAGUCUGCUGAGAGGUGGCGCUCAGGACGUCGACAGCGAUCCCAUCGACAUCAACUAUGAGAAGCUCAAAACGAAGAUCGAGGUUGUGGACAAGAACUCGAAGGAAGCUGAGAUCAUCAAUCAGUAUGUCAAGAACACGCACGCCGCCACACACAACACAUACACUCUUGAAAUUCAAGAGAUCUUCAAAAUUGCCCGUGAGGGCGAGCGUCAGCGUUACCGCCCCUUCGAGGAGCUACACAACCGGCAGCUGCUGUGGCACGGCUCACGCACCACCAACUAUGCUGGUAUCCUGUCUCAGGGUCUCCGUAUCGCCCCUCCCGAAGCUCCAGUGACUGGUUACAUGUUUGGCAAAGGUGUGUACUUUGCUGACAUGGUAUCCAAGAGUGCAAACUACUGUCACACCUCACAGUCUGACCCGACUGGUCUCUUGCUGCUGGCAGAGGUCGCCCUUGGAAACAUGCAUGAGCUGAAGAAGGCUGCUCACAUUACCAAGUUACCAAAGGGCAAACACAGUGUUAAAGGUUUGGGCAGGAGCGCUCCAGACUCACAGGCCACUGUUGACUUAGAUGGAGUUCAAGUGCCUCUCGGAAAAGGAGUGGACACAAACAUCGAUGACACAAGUCUACUGUACAACGAAUACAUUGUGUACGAUGUAGCUCAGAUAAACAUGAAGUAUCUUCUGAAAAUCAAGUUCAACUACCAUUCGUCCUUGUGGUAAGAGCCCAGAUGCUGCAGAUAAAGAAAAGACGACUGUUACUUCCUGACACGUCUUCAGCAACCGUCAGCAACUCUUUAGUCACUUUAUCGCUUUUGCUUGAGGUUAACUGGUUUACUGCCCUUCAUUAGCGCAACAGUAAGUAUCAGAAAUACCUACUUCCGAUAGAACCAGGUCCACAAUCUACUCUUAACGGUUUUAGCUAACUAUUUAGUGCUACACGUUGAGUAAAUGUUGAAACUGACACGAGCGUUGAUUCUGACAUCUUUAAAAGUCGGUGCGGUAUAGAGUAGCUGUGAUCCCUCGUCCACAAGAUGUUCCUGGGAGAUUACCGUCAUCACCUUCCCGUUUCAAAACACACAGUGUUCAGUUUGACAUGUAAAUAUUUGCUAUGUUGUCUGUCUUCAAUGCUGAUAAAAGAAAAAAAAAAACACUGAAGAAACGAUGGGAUGCAAGUGUUGAAGGAAACUGUCAUGUAUACAAUAUGCUUUUUCAGGAAUAAAACAUUGAUGCUUUGA